ACAAACCCACGCUCAACAAAACAAACCCCGGAAAUGAAAGGCGGAAAACUAGCUUCAACAAACACUGGAGUUCAGCGAAGUCAAGUAAAUGAGGAACAAACGUGUCUGCGAACGACAACACGCGCCGGAAAGGAAAACACAUUUUUAAAUGUAGCCUCGAGGCUGCGAGAGUUUUAAUGUCGCCGGGCCGCGGGGGUUCGGGGUGAAGUACACAGGUUAGCAGUUAGCCAUUAGCUCAGCAUGCUAACAGCUGGAGCUCAAUCUGAAGUGUUUACAGUUUGCGAUGCUACCAGUUUCCUCUGGUUUGUGCUGAGUGUUGUUUCUGCUGCAGGUUCCGUGUGGAGGAGUCGCUGCAGAGUUUAAUGCCCGAUCCUGGAUCGAAGCCCGGUUCCUCCGCUGCCUCCGCCCGAGAGAUCCGAGUGACAUGACCUGACUCUGGGUUCACUGCUCCGCACCAGAAUGGCCAGAAUAGCCUGGUACCAAGAGAAGAUCGGGGCCUACGAUCAACAAGUCUGGGAGAAAUCUCUUGAGAAGGCAGAUCUAAAUGGUUUAGACCGCAAACCAAAGAAGACCUGUUACAUCAAACAAGACCUCAUUGAUGUUGAUUUAGUAAGAGGAUCCACGUUCGGCAAAGCCAAACCCGAGAGUCCGUGGGCAGCAUUGACUCGAAAGGGUCUGGUCCGAGUGCUGCUGUUCCCCUUCUUCUUCCAGUGGUGGAUUCAGGUGACCUCCAGGUCCAUCUCCUCAUGUAUCCUUGUCCUCUACUUCAUGCAAGUGGCAGCGGUGGUGCUGUACUUGGAGGUCCCCGGGGCGAGUGCCAGCGAGGUGUUUGGACCCAUUUGUCUGAUGCUGCUGCUGGGCACUGUGCAUUGCCAGAUUGUGUCGACUGAGUCCAGCCGGUGGCCCUCGGGCAGUCCAGCUGCCAGCAGCACCACCAGCCCUGCGCGCAGAAGGAGGCCGAAGAAAAGCAGAGGGGUGAAAAAAUCCGAAGAAAAGAACAACAGAACGGACACACCACAGCCGGGGCCCUGGCCCUUUGAAGAGAGCCAACGUCUAUACGGGAAUGAGGAGAGGAGGAACGUAAGAAGGUCUGGCUUUGGGGCAUCUGAUGAGUUCUCCAGUGAGGAGGAGGAGGAGCAGGAGGAGGGGAUACAACCUGUUGAACAGAUUCAUGCUCCUGCUCAUCCAGAGAGACCCCCUGCUGCAUCUGCACUGGUGUCUUCUGUUAGAAAGAGAAAGCUGAAGUCCAACCCCAAACCUCAGGAAGGGACUGGAGCCUCCGUAUUGGCGAAGCCUCGAGAGGUGGAGCGUCUCAGGCCGAGCGUUGGCUCUCGUCCGGCCUCCGACACCGACGACACAAUGUGGGAGGAGCUUCUCCAAGACCCCGACUCUGCCAGCACAGGUAGCAGUGACAGUGAGGGGAACGGGAGGUACAACGCCGGCCUGGCACUGCCACAAACCACCGCUCUGAGCAGUGACGAUGAGAGCCUGCAGCAGGGGAUCACCGGAAGCCAGCUCUCCUGGCUUCAGGCCUGUCAUCCAUCCAAGGACCGUGUCAGUGCCAUAAUAUGGGAGCAGGGCGAGUGUAAGAAAGCCGACAUGUCUGUGCUGGAGAUCAGUGGGAUCAUCCUCACACGGGUGAAGUUAGUGGAGCAGGGCAUGGGUUACCUUGUCUUCGGUGGCCUCAUGACCACCACACUGGCACUGCUUCCACUCGCCUUCCACUUGGCUCAGCAUCUGGACAUGUCGAGCCUUGGCUCCCUGGCUCUGACAGAACUGGCACAAAAGGUGGUCGGGCAGCAUGGUAUCAAGGCCUACGCCUUUUUCUUCAUCACAACAGUGCAAAGAGUCUGCCUCACCGGACUGUUCUUCUUCAUGAUGUGUGUGGCGGAGAGAACGUACAAACAGAGACUUGUAUUUGCCAAAUACUUCAGCCACAUCACGUCAGGUCGCAAGGCCAAGAAAUCAGAGAUCCCUCACUUCCGGCUGAAGAAAGUCCAGAACAUAAAGAUGUGGUUGUCUCUUCGCUCUUUUCUGAGGAGACGAGGGCCACAGCGCUCCGUUGAUGUUAUCGUCUCCACCAUCUUCCUUUUGGCCCUUUCAAUUUCAUUCAUCAUUUGUGCCCAGCUCCUGCGAAGCCACAAAACUUUCCUGGAGUCUCAGACAAACUGGGAGCUGAUGGUGUGGGGCUCGUCCCUCAUCCUCUUUCUGCUGCGGCUGGCCACACUGGGCUCAGAGACCAACUGCAAAUACAGCAACUCGUCGGUGCUGCUCACUGAGCAGAUCAACUUGUAUCUCAAGAUGGAGAAAAAGCCCAAUAAGAAAGAAGAACUCGGGAUCGUGAACAAUGUUUUGAAACUGGCUACAAAGCUGAUGAAGGAGCUGGAUACUCCGUUCAGACUUCUGGGUCUGACAGUGAACCCUCUGAUCUAUAACAUCACCCGAGUGGUCAUCCUGUCCGCUGUGUCCGCUGUGGUCAGCGACCUGCUCGGCUUCAACAUCAGACUGUGGAAAAUCAAGCCUUAAUGUGAAAACGGCAAAACCACUACACGUCGGACACUGGUGACCAGAGAUCUUUGUCUCAGCUGAAGAAAGCGUGCAAACCUACUGACAGUAUAUUCAUCGUCUGUGCCUUCCGACUCCAACAUCUGUCUGCGUCUCCUCAGUUCAACAGCCUGAGACGCUCUGACAUCACUCUCACGCCGUCGCUGGCUCCUCACCUGGUGUUUCCCUCGGCCAAUCCACUAACCCACUGCCUAACCUUUGACCCUUGAAUGUUCCUGAGUCGAGCUCUGACGUCAUUUCCAGCUUCUGUUGCAUCAAAUUUUUCCAAGUAUGUUUUGUACAGAUGUGUGAGAUGUAAAUAAUUAAAUACAGAUAACGGAUAGUUUAUUCAUCAGUAUAAUAAUAUAAUUAACUAUAAAACAAGCUGUCGGCUUUCUAGACUUUCUUUGGUGUCAGCUUUGAUUUUAACCUUUUGUACUUGUACUUAACGAGGAAAUAUUGUGACUGUAAGUAGGGUUUAUUUAUUUGGGGGUUUCUGCUUAAGCACUUACACUUGUACUAGUACCUGUUAGUCAUGACUCUGUGACCACUAUCUGCCUUUUGUAUCGAGGACCAUUGUUGAACAAAAUAACUAUGCAAAGAGGGUUAAGGAAUUCUUUGAUAGAAGUAAAUAAAAUGUUUUUCAUCCAUG